AUGGGAACAACUCUUCAGGAUGACUUACAAAGCAAACCAGUCAGACAAAAAGUUGUGGAGCCUCUAAAUCCAAUUUUGCCAAAACGUUCUGGCUCAAUCGAAAACAAAAAGAUGGUUAGUGUUUUGGGCAACCCAAAGAAUAGCAAAAAAAUCAAAAAGAAAGAGGACAAUGAAAAGUAUGAUGACAAUGAAAGUAUAGAAACUCCUUCCGAAGAAAGUGUGUCAUCACUUUUAAGUAACGACGGUGACGAUGAAGAUGAUGAGUUCAUAAGGAAACAAACAGAGGCGAGGGUGGAGUAUAGAGGAACCUCAGAAGUCGAUGAUUUAAAACCAAUACCUAGUACAAGUCUUCCUCUUGGUCUUGUCAAAUCUAUUGUUUCCUUUGAUUUGAAUGAGUUACCUUCUGAAGAAAUUGACCCUAAUCUUCUAGCUCUGGAGGAGUACUUAUCAGAGUCAAAGCUCAAGGCAGCAACUGGCGAGGAUAACCUUAACAAUGUAAAACAUCUCGAAAUUAUUGUAAAUACAACCAAAAAUUCACUUGGUGAUGUUGGCUCCAAAUUGCCCAAUUUAGAAGAGUUAAAACUAAAUGGAAGCACAAUUCCCUCCAUAAGAGAUCUUGGAACAAGUUUAAAGUUUGUAAGAAUUUUAUGGUUAUCGAGAUGUGGCAUUGGGGAAUUGGAUGGAAUAUCAACAUUCUCUCGAUUGAAGGAAUUAUAUCUUUCUUAUAAUGACAUUGAAGACAUUUCCGAUCUAUCGGGAAUGGAAGAAUUGGAAGUAUUGGAUUUGGAAGGAAAUAAUAUUGAAGAUGAGUUACAGUUAAUUUAUCUUUCUGAUUGCAAGCAUCUAACAAGUUUAACUUUAUCAGGUAACCCACUGGUUGUUAAAAUGAUUGGAUAUAGGUCUAUGGUUAAGAGUACUCUCCAAACAUUGGAGUAUUUAGAUGAUUCACCAUUGAUUGAGGAUGAAAUGGACGACAGAGGUAUUAGUCCUAUUAAAAAAGAUGGGCAAACCCCUUCUUUAGAGGAAUUAGAAAAUGAAUUUGAAAUGCUGAAAAAAUCUAUCAAAUUUACAAGAAUGGAGUCCUUGGAUGAAACCCUUAAUGAUAACCCCUUAAUUCUGACAAUUAGCAAUCGUCUUUAUAACCCUGCAGAUAAUAACAUGAUACGAAAUAUAACAACAUCAACUCCAAGAUUAGAUGGAGGCAGACCACAAUCUGCUUCCUUCUUUAGGAGACCUUCCACAUCUUCUUCCUCCAUAUUUAGGAGCAUGUCAAAGAGUAGAAUUGGUCUCAGACCAUCCACAUCUCAAAUGAGACCAACAACUUCAUCUAUGAUAAGACCAACAACAACAAGCUCAGUAGGGGGCAGACCAAUGACAGCAUCAAGUGACAGGGGAAAGCCGUCUCAUCCUUUCUCAUCAAAUCAACAAUUGGAAGAAGAAGACACUAGCAGUCACUUAACAUACAAAGCCAAGGAAGUUUAUUGUGGCAAUAUCGUAAAAGGAUUGAAGAAAAAGAAGCAACAAGAACCAAUGUUUCUUGCCAGAACCGAGAGUAAUGAUGUGGAAAUGGAUAUUUUGGCCCAAGUUCAGCAACGUAAAUUACACACUCUUGAUGAACCAAACGAGGAGUUGGAAGAAUUCCUUAACGAUGUUUAUGAAGGGUUUGAGGUUGAAAAGGACGAAGAUGUUUCAUCUUAUAGAAAUAGUUACUCGAACAAAAUCAGUGUAAGAGCAGAAUCCUAUUCCUUGGAUACUAUCCCUGUGUAUGAGGAUAUUUUCAACGAGCAAGCAAAAAAGAGGGCCGGUCUAAAAACAAAAGACAAUCGAAAACCUCAAAAAUAA